UCCUGGGCUUAUAUGUGGCUCUGCUUGGAAGCCCAGGUAUGGAGCACGCUGCUCGACCUCAGCUAUGGACUUGGACGAGUCGCGCCUGCUGGACUCGCUCACCUACUUAGAGGGUCUCUUGGCCUUGGUGGUCUUCGCGUUGCUCACUUUUGUAGGCUCUCCCUACGGCCGCUACUCGUCGCAGCAUCCCGGCCUCCAGGUGCCGGCGAGACCCGCCUGGUUCCUGCAGGAGCUGCCCUCGAUGGCCUGGCCACUGUAUGAGUACGCCCGCCCUGCAGCCGCGCGCCUCGGCAGCCUGCCCAACCGUGUCCUGCUGGCCAUGUUUCUGACCCACUACGUGCAAAGGACUUUGGUUUUUCCCGUUCUGAUCCGAGGAGGGAAACCCACACCCCUGUUUUCCUUUGCUGCUGCGAUCCUGUUCUGUACCUUCAACGGCUACUUGCAGAGCAGGUACUUGAGCCAGUUUGCAGUGUACGCCGAAGACUGGGUGGCCCAUCCCUGUUUCCUGAUUGGUUUUGCCUUGUGGCUAGCAGGCAUGGUGAUAAAUAUCCAUUCAGACCACAUCCUGAGGAAUCUGAGAAAACCCGGGGAAACAGGAUACAAGAUCCCCAGGGGAGGCUUGUUUGAAUACGUCUCUGCAGCCAACUACUUCGGGGAGAUUACGGAGUGGUGUGGCUUUGCACUGGCCAGUGGGUCCCCCCAGGCCGGAGUGUUUGCCCUGUUCACAUUCAGCGCAUUGUUUACCAGGGCGAAGCAGCAUCACCAGUGGUACCAUGAGAAGUUUGAAGAUUACCCCAAAUCAAGAAAAAUGCUAAUUCCAUUUGUGCUUUAGCUGCUGUCAGUGGCAUUGCCUUGGAAGAAAUUCUUCCUCAUGAGGCUCUCUGGACACUUAAAAAUGAAUUGUUUUCCUUAA